AUGUAAAAUCAUCAGCUCUAUUUAAUAUUGGACAUUAACUUUAAGUUCUUGAAAUCUUUCAAAGACAACUUUUUGGCUAUUCUCCAGUGUAUAAAGACAAGAUUAGGAUUAUAAUUAUGCAUAGAUUUCCAUCAUUAUUUCAUUAUCUAUUCAAUUGAUACUUAAGAUAUCUAUCAAUUCGAUAUAAAUGGUGAAACUCUGGUUUUGAAUACAAUGAUGAAUUUCAACAAGUUAUAUAUAGUAUCAUUUCCAUUUAGGAUUUUAUGAUAUUUGGGAAUCCAAAAUUAUAAAAUUUUAAGUUAAAUUCUGUAUUGCAUCUUUAAAGACUAAGAAAAUAAUCAGGAUCCUGAAGUCAAAGAAAAAAUUUUUAAUUUCAAAAUCACCUUAAUUACUUUCCAAUAUUUUUUCAAUUAAGCUAAAUAAAUAUUUGAAGUUGUUUUCACAUGAAAGUAAAAAGAAAUUCAUUUACAUCUAUUAUUAAUUGAUAUCUAAGCUUAAAGCGAAUAAAAACCAGAGGUUUUAGGAAAUGAAGAACUGAAAUUAGGAAUGCAAUUAACUGAAAGAAUUGUUAUAGAGAAGAUAAGAAUAAGAAUUUUAAUAAAAUUUCGCCGAACUUCUUGCGUAAAUUAAAUUCAGUUAUAGUUAUCAUUAUUCAAUCCAGAAGAUUACCAAAGAUUCUAUUAAGUUAAAUUAAAUGAAUUUUAAUAUAAGUCUUUUAUUCCUAUUGCAAUAAGGUUAUUAAACUGAUUGUUUAUGUUUGUUUAAGUUGCUUGACUAGUAAUUUUUUAUUAUAAUUAAGUUCAAUGUGA